AUGGAUGGAAUAAUGCAAGAACUGGAAGAACAUGAGAGGGUGAAAGUGGGGGCAGAUUUGAAUGGCCAUGUCGGAAGUGAAAAUGAGGCGAUUGGUCGGAUGCAUGGUGGCCAUGGAAUUGGGAGAAACCCGGAUGGAGAGAGUGUAGUGGACUAUGCUGUGUCAUUCGACAUGGCAAUAGUAAACACAUUCUUUAAGAAGAAAAGGGAACACCUAAUAACAUAUAGGAGUGAGGGAAGAUGCUCCCAGACAGACUACUUCCUGUAUAAAAGGAUAAAGCUGGUGGAGGUCAAGAACUGCAAAGUUAUUCCUGGCGACCAUGUAGGCCCCCAACACAGACUACUUUGUAUAGAUUUGGAGUUAAAAAGGGAAAGAAAAACCAAAGCUAAAGGGAUAAGGAAAAUUAGAUGGUACAAAUUAGAGAAGGAAGGGGAUAAGAAGAGAGAGUUUAAGAGGAGGGUUUUGGAGGAUAUUGAUAUAGGGAUUGAAAUGUUCGAGAAUGAUGGGCACGAAAUGCAGCAGUAA